AUAGCGCGCGAAUAAAACAGGACGAGGGUAAGUCAAAAUGGCGUUUGAUGAAGAAGACGUUAUUGUAGUCUUUAGAGUCCUGCGUUCUUAAUCUGUUCGAAUGUGUACACUUAUGUCGUUUAAUGGAGUUAAACAUCGUUCAUGAUAGUUUGUGUUUGGAUACGUUACGUACGUGCUAGCUUAGCGCUAGUUAGCUUAGCUUGCUAGCUGCUAACAAAGAGACUCGGGGGUUAUUAUAAAGAUCAAAUGUGAGUGUAAAGUGUCGUGAUUGUGUGAAAAUGUGCGAAGGAAUGAUAGCAGAGUACGAGGAGGAACUUUCUUCAACAAAACAACAUCAACUACUGGACGCUGUUCUCAAGAAACAUCAACUUGUCUUACUCAGUACAGACAUCCAUCAGCUGAUUGGACAUCAAGUAACAUGUCUCCCUCCUCUGCUGGGGGGCAGCUUCACUUUGGAGUGCGACUAUCCACAGCCCCCCCAUGUAAAAGAAGAAGAGGAUCCACAGCCCCCUAAUAUUAAAGAGGAAAGGGAGGAUACACAGCAUCCCCAAGGUAUGGAAGAAGAGGAGCAUCUACAGUCCCCCUACAUUCAAGAAGAAGGGGAGAGAGAGUGUCUUCUUGGGCAGGAGGAGGCUGAUCUCACCAAGUUUCCACUGACUCUUGUCUCUGUAAAGACCGAAGACCAUGAUGAGAAACCACCUGAGUCCUCACGGCUUCAUCACAGUCCAAAUCUCCCUGAGCAGCAGGAGUGGACCUCCAGGAUGAAGCAAGAGGAGCCACAGCCCCCCCACAUCAAAGAGGAAGAGGUGGAGCCUCAAGACCCGCACAUUAAAGAAGAAGAGGAGGAACAUAGCAUCAGUCAAGAGGAAAAGCAUAUUGAAGAACUGGAGAAAGUUGAUGUCCCCAAGAUGCCAUUGACUGGUGUCACUGUGAAGAGUGAAGACGAGUUCAAAGGUGAUGAUAAAGAUUCUAAAGGUGAUAUUAAGACAUGUGACACUGACCACACACACUUUCAAUGCUCUCACUGUGACAAAACUUUUAAUCGCCAAAAUAAUAUGAAAAGACACAUGAAAUUACACCGUCCAGAAAAACAUAUUUCCUGUUCAAUCUGUAGUAAAAGUUUUACACAAAAAGAUAAUUUGAAAAGACACAUGAGAACACACAGCGAGGAAAAAGAUUUUCCCUGUUCAAUCUGUGGUAAAAGUUUUACACAAAAAGAUAAUUUGAAAAGACACAUGAGAACACACAGCGAGGAAAAAGAUUUUCCCUGUUCAAUCUGUAGUAAAGGUUUUACAGCAAAAUGUAAUUUGAUAAGACACAUGAGAACACACACUGGAGAAAAACCGUUUUCCUGUUCAAACUGCAAAAAAAGCUUUUCGGAACGGUCAACGCUCGUACAACACAUGAGAAUACACACGGGAGAAAAACCAUUCACUUGCUCAGUUUGCGAUAAAAGAUUUUCUGACAAGAAAAUUUUGAAAAGACACACGAAAAGACACACGAAAAGACACACUGCUGAAAAUCCUUUCGCCUGUUUAAAAUGCAACGGAAACUUUUCUCAACAAGCCGACCUUGCACUGCACAUGAGAAUACACAACGGAGAAAAACCAUUGAAGUGCUCUUACUGUGACAAAACGUUUCAAUACAGUUGUCAUCUGAAAAGGCACACAAGAGUACACACAGGCGAAAAACGCUUUUUCUGUUCAAUUUGCCGUGACGGUUUUCCAGAGAAUAAAGAUUUUCAAAGACACAUGAGAAUACACACUGGAGAAAAACCUUUCGUUUGCGGCAAAAGAUUCUGUGUAAAGCAAAGUUUGAAAAUACACACACGGUUACACACUGGUGAAAACCUUAUACCUGUUCAAGGUGCAACAAAAGCUUCACUUUUCGAGCAAACCUUCUGGUACACAUGAGAAUACACACUGGAGAUAAAUCAUUCAUGUGCUCAAUUUGCAAUAAAAGAUACAUCCGAAAGGAAGACUUGGUAAUACACACAAGAAAGCAUACUGGUGAAAAACCCUUUAUCUGUUCUGUGUGUGGUAGAGGUUUUGUACAACAUCCAUAUUUGAAAAAACACAUGAGAAUACACUCUGGAAAAAAAAACAUAUUCCUGUUCAAGGUGCAACAAAGGUUUUACUGAACGACAAUCGCUUGUAAGACACUUGAGAACACACACAGGAGAGAAAGAACCGGAGUAAGAAACAGUGUGCUGGUGAGAACAGCAAAUGAAGCUGCAGGAUUUGAAAUAAACUGUCAUAACGCUGACGUUCUAACGACAUCACCACUUAUAUCAUGUGUGACACAAUCAUGUCAAUAUGCUUCCACCAUUUCUAGAUUACAUUUUCUUUGUUUUGUAUUUUACUUCCAGUCAAGUACAUGUAUUAUUAUUAUUAGUUCUUCCUACUCCUUUUUUGGACAUAUUGUAAUGUGAAAUUGUGUAUAUGUGACAUAUACACUGUAGCUACACUACAUGCAUGUUCAAAAUAAACUAAUACCAAUG